AUUCGUAAAUUCUUCGCCGACGGAUCGAUCGAUUUUUCGUGGCCAAUAUUUGAGUACUACAGUUGGUUGGUGCUUUCCUUCGACUAUCGUUGCUGCGAAAAAAAGUGUCGUCUUUAAUCUUCGUUUAUCGCUGUUUAUCGUCGUUGAAUUUCGACAAAGGCGAAAAUCUUUUCAAAUUUGUUCGGCGCUUCUAAUUUAGUUAUAGUUAAAAUUUCUAUUCGAACGGAUUCGAACGCUCUCUCCCAAUCGAUCCGUUACGUUAGAAUAUAACCGAAAAUAAUAUAUGUAUAUAAUUUUUGAGCUUAAUUAACCGUUGACUAGUUCGAAAAGUUAAACAUUUUUUCAUAAAUCGAAAUAUUUUGUUUGUUUGUUCAACAAACGUCGACACGCUACAUUAUUUAUAACCGUUUGUUUGAUCCUUGAUCGAUAAAAAAAGUUCUCGAAACGAUGGGAGAGACAGAAGGUGAAGUCGGUGCAGCCGAUACGCGAGCCUCUGAGGAGCCCGAGUCGACUCCCGUGCAGGAUACGUUAGCGGUUCCGGUACAGAAACGUAGGAAAGUGAAAUCGCCUACUCCCGGUACGCUGCGCGGUCGCAGUGCUACCCCGAUACGUGGCAGGAGUCAGACCCCAUUCUCUUUGUACUUAAACCGUCGCAGUGCUACACCUUCCACAUGGCGCAGCAUUACUCCUUUCCUAAAACGCGAGGAAAGAGAAAAAACUCCGUUCGAGCUUGGCAAGGACAUUAAAACUCAAAUAACUUGCAAUAAAGCUGUUUUCGAUCGAGCAUUGAUUAUGGAUAUUACAGAGAGCGAGGAAAUUCAAAAACCUGUGCGUUACAUAACGACCGAUAUGUCUGUGAUUGAUCGUGCUGCCGUAAUGGAUGUAUCGAAUGUUGAGGUUAUAUACUUGAUCGAGGAAUAUGAAGAGGUGGAAGAGGAGGAGGAAAUCAUUGAAGAAGUGAAACCUAAGAAGAAAGGCAAAGGUAAAAAGGCUCGCACACCACGCAAAAGUAUCGAAAAGGAUGCAUCAGCAUCUGGAGCUACGUCAGAUACUGAAGGUGAUCCUGGUGACAGAGCUAGUACCGAUCGCGAAGAGAGCAUUGAACCAGAUGAUUUGGAUGAGCCUGUAAAAAAGACGAAAAAGAAGGCUGCACCCAAAAAGAAGGAAAAGAAGGAGAAAUCACCGAGCCCAAAGUUGACCUUGAAAUUAGAAAUGGGCGGUGGUCAAAAGGCAAGCAAAAAGAUGUUCGAGGAGCAACAAAAGCAACAGGAGGCAAAAGAUCUUGCGCCGAAGCCACCACCAAAAAAGAGCAAACUUGUUUUGCAAAUGGAAGAGCAGGCCAGACAGGCGGCUAAAGCAGCAGAAGAAGAAGCAGCUAAAGCAGCUGCCAAGCCUAAGGGAGAGACCUUUGCGGAGCGACAAGAACGCUUGAAGAAAGAGAAGGAGGAACAGGAGCGAAUUGAAGCAGAGUUACAAGCUGCAUUACGUGCCCAAAAAGAGGCCGAACAGGGUGAUGAGGAUGAAACAGAGGAGCAAGACGAAGAGGGUGAUGAAGAAGAAGAGGAUGCUGGUGACGAAUCCUUCGCCGGUACAGAGUCAUAUGGAGGCGACUACGCCGAUGAAGCUGGUAGCGAAUUACGUGAUGAAGAUGAGGAAGCUGAAGAUGCGGAUGUGGUACCCGAACUUCCGAAAUCUAAAAAGCGACGUGGCAGUAAUUCAUCUGAAGAGUUUACACGACCUAAUCCUUAUGAUGAGGAACGCUGGAAACGUAUCGCCGAGGAGGAGGGUGAAGAGUUUAUGCAACAAAUGCGGAAAUACAGUAUGCGUAUUCAUAAAAGCGAGAAGGAACGUGAUGCUGAAUGGCAACGUAUAAGGGAGCAAGCUCGCUUGCCUCACUUCAUUGUCUUCCUUACGGAUCGUACUGUUGAAGCAGGCCAUAAUGUCCGUAUUUCUUGUGCUGUUGGAGGACCCGAGUUGUCAGUGAAAUGGUUCAAAGAUGGCCGACAGUUGGAGCGUGAUGCAACACAUCGCAUUAUUAACAACAAUAACAUUUUAGCAUUAGAAGUAGUCAAUACGACGAUAUUAGAUUCCGGCGAGUACUCCUGUAUGGUGGCGAAUUCCAAUGACACCGUCACUUCGUCAUGCUAUGUGACUAUUUAUGAAGUAUUCAAAGACGAGCCAGCACCACCAUCUUGCAAGCUAGUCAAAGAAUACUAUCACUUGCGUGACGAUGAACUAACUAUCGAAUGCCAUCUACAUGGUGUACCACGUCCAGCUGUCGUUUGGACGAAAGGUGGACUUGAUGUUAAGCCAAGCUUCAAAUUUACCAUGCUUGAAGAAGCGCACGGCAUCUACAAACUACUUAUUUACAAACCAAACGACAAGGAUAAUGGUACUUAUAUUUGCAAGGCAGCCAACUCCAGUGGUGAAGUCAAAAUUAGUCAUCACGUGGAAGUUGCCAAGAAUAGACACUUCCAUGCACGCGGUAUCUUCCACGCACGUGAUCGUUUGCAAAAAGAUAAAGAGUUGGCAGCGAAGAAGGCUAUGGAGGAAGCUCUUCAGUCAAAAGCUGCAUCCGAUCGCAAGCGUACAUCUACAGAAGCGGAAGCUAAAGAACGUGUACACCGCGCUUCACCCGAGCCAUUGGUAUCUCCAAAACAAAAACUCAAGUUCGCUACGCAAUUACGCGAUCGUAUGGCUCUGGAAGGCAGCACUGUACGUUUUGUGUGCACCGUAAUUGGACCUAGCCCCAAUUGCCGCUGGAUGAAAGAUGACAAAUGGGUUGUGGCUGGGCCAACAGUCAAAAAUCUGUCGGAGGAAGGAAAAGCAAUUCUUGAGGUGAGCAAGGUUACGUCCGAAGCAUCGGGUGUUUACAAGUGUGUGGCCAAAAACGAUUACUGUGAAAUCGAGACGCAAUGCUACUUCAAAGUGUAUAGUGCCCAAGCUGAUGGCGACGAACAAGAGCCGAUCUUCGCUCUACCACUAAGAGAUGUAUAUCAUUCGUCCCAGAAUGAUUUAAUUAUUGAUACGAAAGUGCGCGGUAACCCCCGCCCCAAGAUUACAUGGGUAAAGGACAAUCUACCAGUAGUACUCGAUGAUCGUCGGGUACAGAUUGAACAUUUGGAUGGCGUUUGUGAGCUGAUCAUUAACAAGCCAACGUCGAGUGAUAGUGGUGUGUACACUUGCAUUGCUGAAAAUAAAUUGGGCAGUCAGAAGACUACACACACAGUUGUAGUAGAAGUUGUGCAAUCAUCGCGACGUUCAAGUUUAUUGUCUGGCGUAAUGACCGAAUCCGAUAGUGAAGCUGGUACUGGAGAUGCGAGUGGUAAAAAGGUCGAGAAGGGUAGUCGCCCUCCGAAAAGCAAGAAGCAGGACGAUGAGGCCGAGGCUGGCACAUAUGAGCGUCGCAGUCGUAUGCCCGACCCCUCACCAAAAACACAAUUGUAUUUUAUUGCGAAUCUUUCGAAUCGGUAUGUAGCUGAAGGUUCCAAAGUCAAAUUUCAGGCGGUUGUGGGCGGUCCUGAUGCCACAUUCAAAUGGCAGAAGGAUGAACAGAAUGUUACUUAUGGUCCACGUAUCCGUAAUAUGAGCCGGGAAGGAAUGGCUUGCUUAGAGUUCCUCAAUACCUCAGCUGAAGACUCGGGUGUUUACACGUUGACGGCACAAAAUGAAUUCUGCAAAAUUACAACCUCGGCCUUGUUGCAUGUAUACUCACCGAAGGUUAGCUCCGACGUACAACCAAUGUUCACACGUUCACUGAAAGAAAUUUAUCAUCUCAAUACAAAUGAACUCGUUUUGGAGACGGGAGUACGUGGCCAACCAACACCACAAGUGCAAUGGUCGAAGGAUAACUUCGAAAUAAAAAACGGUGGACGUUACCAAAUAUUACAACAUCAAGAUGGUACUUGUGAGUUGAUUAUUGAUAGACCAGAUGCAAAAGAUUGCGGCAAGUAUUUAGUACGGGCAGAGAAUAGUGCUGGUAAAUCAGAGAUUACACACACUGUAUUGUUUGAGGGUAAAGCGUCUCAUAUCGCUGAGAAUAUUCAUGGUGUAUUCCAUGCCGAUAAGAGUUUAUUACGUGCCAAGACUGUGGAGGACGAGAAGGCAGUCCCCUCAAAGGCUGAGGUGGCCGAAAGUGAUGCAGAAGAUAAAGAUGGCAAAGGGAAAUCGAAGGCUAAGGCUAAAAAAGCUAAGAAAGAGGAGGAGGAAACAACUUCAUCUGCAACUGAAAUUGCUUCAGAUACUGGAAGCCUUAAGAAACGAGAAAAAGUUAUCGGCAUACAUUUUGCUACAUCGGUUAGGGAUCGUGUUGUGGCUGAAGGUUCCAAAGUGAAAAUAUCAUGUUUCUUGGAGUCAAAGGAACCACAAGUCAAGUGGUUUAAGAAUGAUGAACCUAUCGCUAAUAGUCCAAAGAUUAGGGGUCGUCACAGUGAAGGUUUGUGUCUAUUGGAUAUUGCUAGUGCUACGGUUGAAGAUAGCGGUGUGUACAAGUGUUGGGCGCGCGAUGAAACCGGCGAAGCUUCUACAUUCUGCAAAUUGGAGGUUUAUGCAGAUCCAGGUACGGGUGAUGUGCCACCCACAUUUACACGUAACAUUAAAGACACCUAUCAUGGCAAAAUACAUGAAUUGCAACUAGAUGUGCAUGUGCGUGGUCUACCCACACCAUCCGUUACUUGGGUUAAGGAUGGAGUUAAAGUCGAAUCGAGCGAAAAGUAUCAGCAAAUCGACCAUGAUGAUGGCCUUUGUGAGCUGUUCAUUAUAGACCCAGUGCCGGCUGAUAGUGGUAAAUAUGUUUGCCAAGCGGAAAAUCGUGAAGGAAAAACUGAAAUUAGUCAUAUUGUGACGGUGGAGCCUAGACGUAGGCGACCGAUUUCACCAUCCAAAGAGGCCAGACCACCAGUCAAGCCAACAACAGAGGAAGAAGAGAUAGAAGGUGAAGAUAAGGAUGAGAAGAAAAAGAAGAAGAAAGCCAAGGAAGAAGAGGAAGGUAGUGGAAGGCGUGAGGCACCACCACCACCGGAUCUAAAGAAAUAUCUGUACCUUAGAAACUUCCUAUCUAAUCGCACUGUUAAGGCUGGCAGUAACGUCAAGUGGAUGGUCAAUAUCGAUGGACCUGAACCGACUGCCCGUUGGUUCCACGGCGAGCAACCAAUUGCUUUCGGACCCAAGAGUAAAAUGUCUUGCCAGGAUGGAAUCGCAUGGCUGAAUUUAAUAGGCGUUUCCGAGGAGGAGGCUGGUGAAUAUACGUUGCGUGUGAAGGGUUCAGAAAAUGAAGUUGUUAGCACUUGCCAACUUUUUGUCUACACUACUGGUAAAGAGGAGGUAGUAGCUCCUGUUUUCACAGUGGGCAUUAAAGGUAAAGCAAAAAAAUUAUGUUAGAAAUUUAUGUCGUGAAUUUUGGAACUGUUCGUCCAGUGGGUUAUUCGGAGAGGGACAGGUACGCUAUCAUGUAAAGGUAUUUCGGUAAAUACUAAAACUAACACUACUGCAACUAACGCAUUGAACAUAGGUAGGGUAUAGGAAAAUAGCCAGAGCUUAACUAUUAUAUCUUUUUAUGCACCUAUAUAUAUUAUUUGUGUUCGCAUUGUUACCCUAUUUCAUAGAUUCAUACCAUAAAGAUCAGAAUGAGAUCACACUCGAAUGUAAGGUAUCCGGGAAUCCAAAACCGCAAAUUUUUUGGCAAAAGGACAAUACUUUGCUGCCAUUGGAUAGUAAUAAGUACAAAUAUGUGGAAUUAGGUGACGGUGUCAUACAAUUAUUCAUCACAGAGCCAGUUAAGACUGAUACCGGGCUAUAUACAUGCUAUGCGGAGAAUGACAGUGGACAAAUGAAGAUAAGCAAAUUUUUGGAUAUAUCCGAUUAUGUGCAAAAAUUAACCCAGAAGCGAACUCUUCAGAAGGUUGUACAAGAACAGGAGCCAACUGCUGCAACCCACCAAAAUGAGGGUGAGGCCAGUGAGCAGUUGAAGUCCAAGGUAAAGGAUGAGAAACUCAAAUUGACCGCUGAAACGACAAUGAAGCCAAUGUCGAUAGCUGAAGGCAAUAAAGUGCAGCUCAUAUUUUAUGUGAGUGGUUACAUCGAGGACGUUUAUUGGUUGCGUGGUAAGGAACGCGUGACGAAGGACACGCGACACAAAAUAUAUAAUAUCAACGGCGCCAUCAGUUUGGAGAUACACAACGCCAGAACCGACGAUACGGGGUCGUACAAGUGUGUGGUGCGUAAUAACAAAAACACCAUUGAAAGCUGCUGUGAUUUGACGGUCUACGAGCAGACAGCCGGCAAGCUGCCGAGUAGUUUUGCGGACAAUAUCAAAGAAUAUUAUAAUGCGAAUCGCAACGAAAUCACACUCACUUGUCAAGUGCACGGUCGUCCGAAUGUUACAUGGCUUCGCGAUGAUCACACUAUUUCCAACAAUCGCUACAAAUCCACAGAAGAAGUGGGCGGUAUACGCAAACUGAUCAUACGCAAUCCGAUCCCGUCGGAUUGUGGCAUAUUUGCUUGCUUCGCUGAAACCAAUGACCACAUCCACGCUAUUAGUAAAUCCAUACGCACGGGCGAUCUUAAACAGUUGAUGACUGCGAACGUAGAAAUUACAACUAACGGUGAGUAUGUACCACAUAUGAGACGCUCAUCGCAGACGCUUUACGAAAUGAUGAGUAAUGGUGAAGCAUCAUCGCACUUCACUACCGAAGAAGUUAUCAAACGUACUCGAGAGCUGCGCCCAUUGGGAAUGAUUUCACAUAGUAAACCCUUAUUCAGCACUCUAUUGCACGAUCGGACGGUCGCUGAGGGCUCUAGCAUACGACUAAGCUGUAAUGUAGUCUGUGAUGGGGACACACGCAUUGAGUGGUUGAAGAAUCAUCGUCCACUACCCAAUGACGGUCAAUAUCUGACCGUUUUGCGUAAUGGUAUUGCCUCGUUGGAUAUUGCUGCAACGAGCAUUGAAGACAGCGGAAACUACACGUGCCAUGCCAUUAACGACUAUGGUGAAACAUUCACCCACGCACAACUGAGAGUCUACAAACAUUACGAGGACGCUGUACAACCUUCCGCGUUUGUACAAUCAAUCAGAGACACUUACUCCAUUAAUGAGA